AUGGCGUCCCAAAGACUCCUGGAGGUAAGUGGAGGUUGCCAUGGCCAGGGGACUUAACUCUAGAACCUAGAUUAAUGGGAUCACCAAGUCUGGCAAAGAGCUAUCCAAAGUCAAAGAAAGGGUUGAGCUUUGCCCAGGUUUUUGGAAGGGGAGAAGGAAUGCCGAAAAGGAAAUUUUAGUGUUCUAUGUUGCAGUCGAUUGAAUAUUAUUUUAAACAGAGGAUUCCUUCUGAUUUAUGUACAUGUGAAUCUGGGAGAGGCUUCAUUUCUAUUUCUACAUCCUGGAUGUUAUCUUUGUACUAUAGUUUGGAAGGGAAAGGGAAAAAGAGAAGAAGAAAAGAGAGCAUGAGUGGCCGGCCCAGUGGAGGGGAAGGGGGUGUCGGAUGGUUCUGGUUUUUCUGCAGAGCUGAGGCAGGGAGCCCUGCUGCCCACCUGUCCACAGAGUCCAUCACAGGAAAGGGCUGCUCCCAGAUGCAGGCAAGGGAGAGACAGGAGCCCUGGCGGAGAUCUGCUCCUGGAGGAAGGACGGAUGAGAAACAAUGCCAUGGGCUCUGCUGAGACAGGCCAGCUCCCUCAGGCUUCCUCUCCCCCAACUGUCAUCUGGCGGCAGCCAUUUCAUCAGGCUGCCUCAGUGGGAGAGAUGAGAACAGCAUUCUAGACCCUGGGGCCUGAGCUUGUGAGUUGUCUUUUCCUCUGCCCUCCUUGUCCCCUUUCCUUGUGUGUUCUGUUGGUCAGAUUGUUUCUUACAACAGAAGUCUGUGACUAGGGAGUUUCUUGCAUUUGAUUUCAUGGAAGGCUCUCUUGGAGCCUUUUUGGCUUAAGAGAGGGGUACAAAUGCUCUAAAGGAAUGAAUGGAUGAAUAAGGUCUCUAAGGAAAUGGAGGACAGAGAUUUUCUUUUUUUUAAAAAAAAAAAAUUUUUAUUAACCGGCCAAUCAAAUCAAAUUAAAUCACAUCACAUAAAUUCCGAAUUACAAAGCCGAAUUUUAAAUUUUGUUGGGGGGACCCAUAUUUCAAGAUUCGAAGGGGGAUUCUGAGCAUCUUCUUGCUACUGCGUUAAUGUCCAAAUCAGUCCAAACAGAGUUCAUAAUUCUAUCCAGUCUUAUCUUACUGUUUCCACAUCACAUCUUGUUCACAUAUUUUCUCUUUUUUCUUUAUGAUCUCUUCUGAUAGUCUCCUUAAGCCGAUAAACACCAAUAAUAAUCCUGUGUGAAUUUUUCCGUUCUUCCAAUCCUCAAAUCGAGAUGGUUUCCAUAUAUCAUCGCCUUCAUAGAUAACAUUGCUCUUUCCAUCAUUAAUCUCGUAAAACUGUCGCUCUUAAGUCCCUCUGAGGAGUUCCACCCACAAUAUAUAAACAGCUCUAUUUCUCUUUCUUCUCCCAGACUCAAGACCUCCGACAGAACUUCCCAAUAUGGCGACGGCAUUUUUAACUGUGUCAUUCCAAAGCUCUUAUACAUUCCACUCUCUUCUUAAAACAUGCUUUGGUUCGAAAGUUUAUCUCCACACAGCCUUAAAUCCACAGCUUAAAUCCUUAAAACGACAUUUCUGACUCGUAACUCGUGAGGGGAGGGGAUUCUUGUUAAUCACAUAAGAAAAGAAAGGAAAGUUUUUUCCCCCCCUCCCCCAUCAGUCCUUUGCCAUACCGUGUCUUGGCGUAUCUUCUCAUGUUUUAUUCUUGUCUUGUUUUAUCAGAGAUCUCUUCUAUAGCAGUCUUUACUCCCCCUCCUUCCUUGAAAUAUGUGCAUUCCUUCAUCCAAAUUGUUUUCUUUUGAAAUUCUUGCAGCUAGUGGCGCGAAUCAGGGACGGCGUCCAGAAGUGCCGGAAUCCCACCGGAGGGCUUUGUGCCUAGUGCCCCCAUCCCCACAAAUUCGGGGGUGGUAUAGGGCACAGCAGGCAAGGGCAGUCCCCCCCACCGUCCUGGGGGGGUUAGGGAGGCUAAUUACUCCCAUCAUAGCCUCCAAAUUACCUCGUGUCGGUCGGAGAGAUGUUAUUGUCAGCCAUCUUCCGAUGCGCCCCCUAGUGGCCCCCCUGGAGGACAGAGAUUUUCAGUUUGUUUCCCAACCUAUCUUGCCUACGCUUUCCUGAUCAAUACAAAAACAUGAAUGGGUCUGAUCCACUCCUCACAUUCGGACGUUCCUGUUUCUCUUUUCUCACUGACAGGGAAUUGAUUUCGACGAGGAUCAAAUAUCGGAAAUCAGCCUGGAAGAUGGAGAGGAUCUUCCUCCAAGGUAAUCCUGUGCUAACUCCCCCUCCCCCAUAAUCUAUUGCUUUCAAAAGCCCCCCGGUCCAUUUCUAUGGUGGUGGUGCUUGGGGUCUUUGAAGGAUGGGAGGCAAUAAAACCAUUUUACAAAAGUGCUUCUCCUCUCUCCCCUCAGCAUCCCAACCACAGCUUUUCCGGAUGCGGCUGAUCUUCCUCCUGAAAGCGUCAGCAAGGACCAGCUGAAGGCCAGACUUACGGAUGUCGUUGCAACGAUGAAGAGUGGGAAGAUCCGAAGGAAGGUGCUCCAAGAUCUUUCCGCCUUCCUGCAGAAGAUCCAGGAAUCUGUGAGUUUCUGAAGGGAAGAAUUGCAAUCAUGCAGGGCUGUCAAGGCCUUCGGGCUGCUGCUUCUAGGCCCACCCUGCAAGGUGCCCAAGGGACAAUCAGGCAUCCCAGCACAUACUCAAUUUGGAGAACAGAGCUGGGCCAUAGCAGAAUGAAUCCCAGUGAGUAAAACAGCUGAGAAAAGAAGUAAAAAGCGAACAUCAGGAAAAGAGGGGUGGGAAGUCAAAAAGAAAUGGUUUUUUUUCUGUAUAGGAUGCUAAAUGUUUUGGAAUGUUUGGAAGAUUUAAUAAAAAUGUUAUAGGAAAAAUGGUGAUGGGUUGCUUCUCUUAUCAGUCCCUUCUCUGGGUUUCUUCUCAGCCAUCGGUAGCGCUUUCUGCAUCCUCCCUUGGCCAACUGGUGGCGAUUUCCUGACUUUGUGCAUUGGAUCCAGACCCGGAGAGCAGGCAGCGGGCAGCAGAGGCCCUCUGCCAUCUUUUGCCCAUCCUGCAGCGCAACGAAGGUAAGACUGGAAGAAUGCAUCCCAGCAUGGGGUGGGAUGGGCAAGACCCGAACUAACCUUUUGGCUUUCCUUUGCAGAGACGCUGGCACGAACUUCAAGGAACCAAACACUCAUCAUCAGAACUCAGAAGGUCCUCAAUUCCACCGGAGCUGGUGCGGAGGCUGCUCCGCUGUGUUCACAGGGAACCUUACCCGCAGGACUUCCUGAGCUGCAUGCCAGGUGAGUGAGGCAUCUGGUGGGCUAUUGGGACAUCUGGUGGGCUGUUUGGAGGUGACGUUUCUCAAGGAGCCCCUUUCUCCUCCUGACAGAACAUCUGCAGUAGCGCCAGGCCAAGGCAACGUGGACACCAGAGUUGUGCUGCAGAGAUAUCAGUCUGCACCAGCGCCAGGAACAUCAACGCCAUCAGGAUCGACCAAGAGGAGGGGUGCUACCAUCACAACCCUCCGUACAUAGCGGUAGGAAACCUUUUUGUUCUUGUUGUGUUUCUUGUUAAUGUUGUUUUUGAUUCUUGAUUUUAUUGAUUGAUUUUGAAUCUCAGGGUGGUUCACAACACCAAGUUACAGUAUACGAAGCACAAAAUACAUGAUAAAAAUAAUCCCUGCACAAAAUCUGUAAUAAAAAUAUCAGAACAUAAUAUAAAUUAAAAUAAAAAACAUAUGCACACGAAUAAACAAUACAAAAGCCCCAAAACAACACUCCAGCCCACAAACACACAAUCUCAAUCAACAUAUCACAUUUAGCAACCAUUUGAAACAACCCCACCCUGCAAAUCAAACAGCACCCACCCAAGAUAAAACCCCAUCCUUGUUAAAAUAGUCAUGUUAACACAUGGGGGCUGGCCCACAAUCUGGUCCCACCCCCUACGUGCCGUCCCCAGAGGGACGAUCUUACCUUUGUUGUUUCCCCUUUCUUGGGGGUCCCGCCCCCAGGACAGGCAGGCGUUAUGGAGCUCCCCCAGUCGCUGGUGUCCGCCCAGGGUCCGGUUCCUUGCAGGACUCUCUGCCGUUCUCUUGAGUGGGGGGGGGGGCAAACAACCCCCCCAGCAGCAACUUUCGUCCUUUUCUUUAUUAGAAAACACCUCCUUUUUUAAUUCUUUAUUCACCAACAGCAGGGAUUAUUUAGGGGGCAACUAGAGGGUCUAACAUUCAUGAGAUUUAGUACCCUUUCUAACAGAAUCUCUUUUCUCUCUUUCCUGCAUGGAACAAAACCACGAUGGGAAACGGCGGCCUAUCAGCUGGAGCCUGGGAGGAGACGUCCAGAGAAAAGAAGACCCCUGCAAGAAUGUCAUCAGCUGGGAAAGGAGCCCCCUGAAGAUGACACCUGCAACAUCAACCCUCCACCUGGCAGUGUAUUUGAGGAUUGA